CAAAGUGGUUUCAUUAUGUAUCAUGGAAAACCAGUCAAUGAAAGUGUAGCUAUUCUGGCAACGUCUCAGCGGCAGCCACUUAAGAACAGGCAGCGGCUGCAAUGCCACAGUCCUGGUUUGGGCAGCAGUAAGAGAAAGUUACUUCCAGAGCCGGCCAUCAGCAUGGCACGCGUGUCGCUGCUACUUAUCGUGCUAUCCAUUGCCUUGGUUACCCCCAGCCAAGGCUUCGUGAAGGAACUACUCUUCAGGAAAGUGAAAGAUACUCUGCUUGAGGAUGGCACCACUGAGAUCCUUGACCAUGUCUGUAACUACCGAGUAACACCCCUCUUGCAGAACUCAGAACUAUACUUCAAGGGAGACGUGUGGUGCCCCAGCUGGACAGUCAUCAAGGGAGAAUCCCUGACUCGCAGCAGGACUAGAGUGGUGAACAGGGCUAUCGCAGACUUCGCCAGAAAAGCUCUCGCUGAGGGCCUCGUCACGCAAGAGGACGCCCAACUCUUCUUAGAAUAGCCUGGACCUACAAAUAGUGUGCCAAAGAGGUGCAAAGACAGGAUGAUCUCUUCAGUGUAUUCACCCUCCCGUGAUUCCCACACCGCACCGCCACCCAACCUCGCUCAGCCAACACCAUCUUCCUUAUUCUUCUGUUGUCAUUCUUAUCCACAAUUCACGAUAUCUAAAACUCAUCUGUCGGUUACAUAUGUAUGUCAUCAAUAACUGUAGUACAACAAUUAUUAUAAACACAUCAACAGA